ACCUUUCUCUUCGUUCCGGCCUCACUGGAGCAAACAUGGCGGCAGAGGGAGACGUCGAUCUGGACCUGGAAGCCGAGGAGAACUGCACGGGAAAACCGGCAGAAAAACCUCGCAAACAUGACAGCGGAGCGGCGGACCUGGAGAGAGUCACGGACUACGCGGAAGAGAAAGAAAUCUCCAGCUCCGAUUUAGAAACGGCCAUGUCAGUGAUUGGAGACAGAAGGUCACGAGAACAGAAAGCCAAACAAGAGAGAGAAAAAGAGCUGGCCAAAGUCACCAUCAAGAAAGAAGACGUAGAAUUAAUUAUGUCUGAGAUGGAGAUUUCGAGGGCGGUGGCCGAGCGCAGUCUGAGGGAACACAUGGGGAACGUGGUGGAGGCGCUGGUGACUCUGACCAACUGAACAAACAUCAUUCACACACUGGACUGCUUCACUCAGGCUCAACAAAUCAGUGAGGCCGAGUGCUGUCAACUGUUUAUUUUUUUCUUUUUUUAAAAUAAAAGUCAACAGUUUGCCUGCUG